GAUACUUUGAGUACGAGGCAAUUGGCGUUCGUCUGAAGUCGGUCUCUUGACACAUUUAUUGUUGUUCUGUUUACUAUCUCUGCCUUGAGCGGCAAAUUUGUUGUUGUUUCGAUCAUCGCAGUAGCCUGCUAAGUGUAUCUUUUUAAGGAAGAAUUCCCGAGAUCCGUAACAAGUUCCGCAUAGGCAAUAUUGUACUUCCGUGUUUCAUUGCAUAUUUUUAUGGAAAUAUGGAUUCGUAUAAGGCAUUAUGCGAAAUAUGUGGUAUUAGUUUUACGUUCAGGAAGGAUUUAUACAGACAUUUGAGAGUAUUUCACGACAUGGACGUAAAUUUAGAUAAGGAUAAAGAAACAUGCGACUUGUGUGAUAAAAAGUUUUCGACUAUCGCUGCUCUCGAGCGUCACAAGAAAACUCACAGACCCGCUCCACAAAAACUGUCGUGCACGGAGUGUGAUGAUUUCAUAUGUCGUACGAGGGAGGAGCUAAGAGGUCACCUGGAAUGUGAGCAUGGAAUAAGUAUGGAAACUACAGAACUGGAGUUUGAUUCAAUGGAACAGUUUCUGCAGUGGAAAUUGAAGAUGGAAGGUGAUGCGAAAGUUUUCUUUACAAAGAGAACUGGUGAAAGGAUGGUUGACAGUGAGAAAUCCCGUUUAUACUACAUUUGCCACCGUUCGCGAUCUGCCGUGAAAAGUGGUUUUGGCAAAAGAUUGAGAGCAUCAAACAAAAUUGACCAAACGUGUCCAGCAUCUUUGAUAGUGACAAAGAUGCCAUCAGGCAAAAUAAGUGUCAAAUUUUACAUGACCCACACAGGUCAUAACUUUUCCGUGGGGCCUCUCCAUUUUGCUCAUGCUGACAGAGCAAUGGUUACUGGCCAAAUAGUACUUGAGCCCAAGAGUACGUAUGAUGUUACUGUGAUGGAAGACAGUGGCACAAAGUGGCAGCAAGAAGUACAGCACUUCACACCAGGGCCUGUCAUUGUGACGGUGGAGGAAGUAGAUGCCAUGUCAUGGCAGCAAGAGUUGCCACACAGCACACCAGAUUUUUGUGGAAAUAUAUGCGAAAAAUGUGGUACCAGUUUUACAUUAAGGACGGACUUAUACAGACAUUUGAGAACAUUCCACAACAUGGACGUAAAUUUAAGUAAGGGUAAAGAAACAUGUGACUUGCAUGAUAAUAAAUUUCUGACUAUUGCUAGCCUCGAUCAUCACAAGGAUAUGCACAUACCUGCUCCUCAAAAACUGUCAUGUACGGAGUGUGGGGUUUUUAUAUGCCAUACCAGGGAAGAGCUAAGAGAUCACCUGGAACGUGAGCAUGGAAUAAGUAUGGAAACUAAAGAACUGGAGUUUGAUACAAUGGAACAGUUUCUUCAGUGGAAAUUAAAGAUGGAGGGCGAUGAGAAAGUUUUCUUCACAAAGAGAACUGAUGAAGGGAUGGUUGACAGCAAGAGAUCCUGUUUGUGCUACAUUUGCCACCAUUCAAGAUCUGCCAUGACAAGCAGUUUUGGAAAAAGAUUGAGAGCAUCAAACAAAAUUGAACAAACCUGUCCAGCAUCUUUGAUAGUGACAAAGAUGCCGUCAGGCAAAAUCAGUGUCAAGUUCUACAUGACCCAUACAGGUCACAACUUGUCUGUGGGGCCUCUCCAUUUUACUCAUGCUGACAAAACAGUGGUUACUGGCCAACCAGUACAUGGGCCCAACAACACUGAUGGAAUUACUGUGUUGGAAGAUGCUACUGAAUUAUGGCCGAAAGACCUGCAACAACACAGAUUACCUGGGCCUGUCAGUGUGACUGUGGAGCUUAAUAGUGGCAUGCCAUGGCAACAGGACCACCAGGACUUCACACCAGGUGUCAACACUAAGCAAGGUGUUGCUGUGGAGCAUAGUUAUGCUAUGCGUUGGCACUUAGCAUAGCGAUACAGCACACGAGUGUAACAGCUUCAGCAGUGCUGGGUACUGUCAACUCCACUGGAUGGUAUGGGAUCAGAAAUAAACAUGUCAGGGAAACCCUUCUGACAAUUUUAUCCCAGAUGUGUGCAGGAGCAGGAGCAAAUCUAGUCAUGGUCAGGCUGGCAGUGCGAGCUGCGUCAGUUGCCGACUACAUUGCGAGGAUGGUAUCGUGGCAGUGGGUGAUGGAAGCAAUGGCAUUCGGUCACUGAUUCACUCCCUUUUUGUUGCUGGGUGGCCAGUUCUUAGUAUGUAUCAUGUUACUUCUUUGUUCCAUCAUACUGUAUCUGUAUUACAGAUUAAAAUGUAUUUUCUGGGCUCAACAGUAAUCAAGAGUAGUCCUGUGAAGAAAUGCAAUCCCAUGCAGUGGGAGCCACAACUGUAUCGCAGCACACCAGGUAGACGAUGUUGGUACAUCGAAGGAUGGCGAUUCAGCUCCAGCAUCUUGCAAAUUGAAGGUGGGUCUUGUGCAACAAACAAUGUUGCGGAUGUCUACAGUAACCGUAUAUUUAUAGCGAAUAAUCCAGCAUCCUCACAGACUGUUCAUGAGUCGCUAGAUAUUCAGAUAUCCACACCUAGGUCCUCAACAGCUAAGAAAAGUUAGCAAAGUGAAGAAUAUGGAUCUGCAGUUCAGCUGAUAGCAAAGGCACUCCAGGAAGAUGUAGAUGGUGAUGGUGAUGAAACAGUCCUGUUUGUUAAAUUUCUCGGAGCAGAAAUUAAAAAAAAAAAGUGUGAGAAAAAGAAGACAUUUGAGAUUAUAACUAAUGAAAGUAUUGUAUCGAGAUGGAUGAAUAAAUUUAAUUUUGAAAUGUAA